AUGGCCACAAGUUUAUUCCAAAUCACCAGUAGUGAGGUAACUAACAUUACUUUCACGGAUUAUCUCGAGUAUAAAACUGCGAUGUGGCUUUGGCGAAUAUUUUCUCCACUUCUCAUCAUUAUAGGAACAUUUGGAAAUUUGUUAUCACUCCUGGUUCUCACCAGGAAACGACUUCGUUCCUCGCCGGCUAUGUUCUACCUGUCUAUUUUGGCAGUUGUUGACAUCACUGUUCUGUACAGUGGAUUGAUGCGUGUCUGGCUGGAGAAUGUCUACAACAUACAUUUAAGGGAGAUGUCCGAAGGAGCAUGUCGAUUCCACACCUUUUUUGUUUAUUUCAUAUUGUCCUUUAGAUUUCAAGUAUGGGUAGCUGUGGCUGACCCUAUGGAGGAGGCCGUGUUGGAACUUGGUUGGGCUGUAGCCAAUAUUUUUCAAUAUACCAACAAUUCAAUUCAUUUCUUCUUGUAUUGCCUGACGGGUCCGAGAUUCCGACGGGAGUUUGUCUCUAUGUUUAAAGGAACGUUUGGACAAAAGCGUAUUGAACCGAGCGAAAUUGUAGGUAAAAUAGCACGAGCUAGUGCUGUUAGUGACAAAUAG